AUGUCCACUGCCAGAGCAAAGCCGAGUCGCGCCCGAAGCCACCCUAUGAUUGUCGAUGUGGCUGUGGACCCACAAGGGAAGACCUUGUACCGCGUUCAUGAAAGCAGAAGCCUGCUUCAGGAAGCUACCCCUCUUUCUUCGAAUAGGAGCGAUUCAUCUCGGUUUGUAUUUGAUUCGCCAGAUGACUUGCGCAGUCCUGCUGGCACUGUCUCAAGCACGAACCUGCCAUGCACCGAUGACCAAAAGCCCACUGAAUUUGAUUCUGCCAACUGCUCUCUCGACUCAGCUGAUAGAAGACCCAGCGAGCCUAGGAUGAGUAAAUUGGCUUGUCCUUCACACGAUGACAUCUGGUCGAGCGAUGUUGAAGCUGCCUUCGAAGAGGCACUUGCAAUUGUGCCGAAAUGCGGGCUUACAAAGAUCAAGAUUGGCGGAAAAUGCUGUGGCCGAAAUGAACUCAUUGCUGACUUCAUAUCUGCCAAAACGGGGAAGUUCCGUUCCAGGAAGCAGGUCUCCAGUCAUAUUCAGGUCGUGAAAAACAUGAAGCUGAAGGGAAAGCUCAUUCGACUCAUUAAUGAUGGCCCGGAAUUCAGCAGUGCCGCCGAAGCUGAACAGAACAUGAAGCGGUUCGAGGAAGUUUUCUCGAAAAUUAAUAUCAACAAAUCGCUCGGACUCAACUCCACAGGCAAUGCUGAGCUUCUGGGCUCCGGUGGCCUGCUCCGACGCCGUUCAGCAGAACAACUUACUAUCCCCCCGAAACGGAAAAAGCUGCCCCUGCUGUUCAUCAGCGUAAGAAAUAUAAGCUUUACUAUUGAUACUGGCGCCUACGGAUCAACCCCAAUUCCAUUGACCAGGCAAGAGGAAACUCCGAUGAAAUUUUUAAGCUUGAAGGAGAACGCAAACAUUGCGUCUAGAUUUCCUGGUCUAGAAGAAUUCUCUAACACGAACGUGUCUAUCAUUCACAAUAUGGUUAAAGUUUUGAGUCCGCUGCACUUUGCCAACGUCCAGUCCAUUGAUGCGGGAUUGAAAACAAAUUUCAACAUUGACAUUCCUGGAACUUGCGACAGCCUUUCAAGUUUUACAACGGUGUAUUCGUUUGGUGACGAGGUGUUGAAAGUCAAUGAGGAUGACUUCGAGACCAGCAUGGAUCAACCUUUUCUCGUGAAGUUCUGGAAAUGCUUCUUCUCGCAGCUUUUGGAAUUGCCAACUUCUCUCGAUACUGCCUUGAAAGGCAUCACCAUCAAGCAAGUCAUAUACGACAACACGGUGCGAAUCACAAGCAUCCUACCCAAGAGCAAGAUAAAAACGGUUUUACUUUGGGAGUUUUCCAAGGUGGACCAGAUAAGUGAGGCAGUAUCAUCGUCGUCAAGGUUAUUCCUCCCGCCAACUCUCGGAUAUGAAAGCAUGACAACAAUCAGUUCAAACUAUUCAAUCAGGCCUCCCAACUCUUUCUACAACUCAUCACAACAUUCAAAUUCACCGAUACACCUGUUUCCUCAUAAGCCCAAUCCAAGCAUUUCAUCCUUAGACCCUCUCUCGCGCAACCAAAACUAUGACUUUCCUGACUUAACACGCCAUCAUGAAGCCACAGGAAUCUCACAAAUCUCGUUUCCUGGGGUGUCGCUCUCUUCAGGCAUUGAACAGCAAUCUCUCUACCAGGCUUCUGUGAUCACCAGCCCUCCUUUAACAACAUCUUUAGACGGAGACCCGAUCAGAUUUUUUGCUCAAGAUGAACAACAAUUCCUGGGAAAUUACUAUAACAGACACCUCCCCCAGAAUUAG